AUGGCGGACGAACUUGAUUACCUGCAAGCAGACUUCGAUCUGAACUUGCUCACUGUGCCUCGCCUACGCUCGAUCCUCGUCAGUCACGAUGUACCCUAUCCAGCCUCUGCGAAAAAGGCGCAGUUGAUCCGCAUUUUGGAAGACGAGGUGCUUCCCCAGGCGAGGAAAAUUCUGCGCGACCGUGAGAGAGUUAGGAGAACAAGUGCGGGUAUCACAGAUAUGAGCCGAGAGAACUCUGUCACUGGUGAUGAAGACGAGCGCGAUUCGAUGCACCCACCACCAACUCCAUCAACGACAGGGACAAGACGAGGUGGCUCACGACGAAGCGUUCGCGGAUCGACCGUGGAAACAGAUGGAGGAUAUGCACCAGCUACACCUGCGACUACAAAGCGCAAGACCGCUGCACGAUCGGUAGGCAAGCACCCCCGUGCUUCUGACACGGAAACUGGUGACGACGCACUGGCGACUCCCGUUCCUGCGGUCGGCGCUUCGCCUCGCAAGUCUACUGCGCGCAAGCUUCGACGGAGCUCAGUUCUGCCUUCAACCGAGGUGGAUGAUUACACACCAUCUGUCAAGACUGAGCCUAGGGAGGAUAGCGUCUUUACGGAUGAGAACCCCUUCCAAAGUGGCAGUCCUUCGGAGGUUAUGAGCAGUCGUCGAGCUUCCCAUGAUGGAAAGCGGAAGAGUGGCGGACGGUUAUCUACGGAGAGCCCUGUUAUUAGGAGUAGCUUACGGUCCCGCAAGUCAGCCACACCUACCGGUGUCAAGCAAGAAGAUGGUUAUCACGCUCCCUCAAGAGAGUCAUUCGACUUUGCAUCUCGCCUUCGACCUACCAAGGAGGAACCUGAGGAGGAAUCUGAAGACGAUGAGUCGGAAGAAGAUUCGGAGAGCGAUGUUAUUGCCGGAGAGGAGUUUACCCCGGAGGAACAACUUGCUCUAGAGACUGAACAGUAUGCACCAUUGACACAUGUUCGAAAGCGGCCGAAGAAGCAGAGCUCCAUAACUAUUAUGGCGUCCUGGUUUGUUAUUCUCUCGGUGCUUGGCAGCUUCGGCGCCUGGUGGCGUAAGGAGAAGAUUGAGAUCGGUUACUGCGGUCUUGGGAAGCCUACUUGGUCCCUGACAGAAACUAAUGUGCCGGAAUGGGCUAAUGUUCUGGAGCCUCGUUGCGAGCCCUGCCCGCCCCAUGCGUUCUGCUAUCCCGACUUUGAAGCUCGCUGUGAGCAUGACUUUAUCCUUAAGCCUCAUCCUCUUUCUCUCGGUGGUCUUGUUCCUCUGCCGCCAACCUGUGAACCGGACAGUGAGAAGGCACGUCGUGUCAAAGCUGUCGCAGACAAGGCUGUUGAGGAGCUUCGCGAGCGGAGGGCAAAGUAUGAAUGUGGUGAAUUGAAUGAGGAUGGCAAACCUGCUUCUCCCGAGAUUCCGGAGACGCAACUGAAGGAAGAAGUGAUGAAGAAGCGGCGCAAGGGUCUCACUGAGACCGAGUUUGAUGACCUCUGGAAGGGUGCUCUUGGCGAGAUCAUUGAGAAGGACGAAGUUGUCAGCAACUCCAAGCAACCUUCCGCCGUCCUCGUCCUCAGCUCAACCUCAACUGCCCGACUCCCACUCAGAUGCGCCGCCCGCCGUUACAUCCGACUGGCUCUCCUCGCGUAUCGACUCCCUCUUUCACUUCUAAUCCUGGCAGCAUGUGCUCUGGCUUACGCCCGCGCUCGGGUUCGCGCCCGUCGUUCUGAUAUCGCCCGUGUGCCCGAAUUGGUCGCUACCACGCUUGACCGUCUUGCGACGCAGGCAGCGCUGCAUGCCCGUGGCGGUGCCAUAGAGCCUUACAUUUCAAUUGGCCAACUUCGCGAUGACGUCCUGCGCUCUGAGUUGCACGGAAAGCGACGCGAGGAGCUGUGGCAGCGUGUCCGGCGCGUCGUCGAAGGCAACGCUAAUGUGCGUGCCGCUGUUCGCGAGUCACGCAGCGGUGACGUCGCCCGCUGCUGGGAGUGGAUUGGCGGCAUCGGCAGUGUCAAUACUCCCGGCGGGGUUGGCAGCGAGCUUGACAGCAGUGCCCGCCGUGACAGUGCAUGGUGUUCCCUGUCGUCGCCCUCAAGCAACGGGGAUGUGGAUCAUCAUCACAUGGCUACAGAGAGCAAGGAUGACCCUGCUACGAGCCCCAGACAGUCCCGUCGCUGGGAUGAAGGCCGACCGAUCUAUUAA